UCGCAAAGCUCCUGUCAGAAUGAUUUCCUGGUUUGGUUUGUUUAGCUGUGUCGAUCAUGGCUGCGGAAGGCGAUUUUCUGGCGAGAUACAGAGCUGUGUCAAAUAAAUUGAAGAAACGUUUUCUCCGGAAGCCAAAUGUAGCUGAAGCCAGUGAGCAGUUUGGUCAGCUGGCGAAGGAGCUGAAGCAGCAGGACUGUCUUCAGUAUGCCGCCUUCUGUAACCUGGCCAUGGCUCGGUGCGAGCAGACCCUGUUUAAUGCUCCUGGAGAAGCGCUGGCCUUAACUGACGCUGCACGUCUCUUUCUGUCAUCUGAGAAGGAGAUCAGAGCCCUGCAGGCUCAGGGCUUCGACGAACACCUUCAAGCUGCCCUCAACUGCUACAGUUUUGCCAUUAAGGUGUACAUUGAGAUGAACCAGCCUGUGAUGGCAGCCAGCCUGUGUUUGGAACUUGGCAACGCGCUCAAGGAGAUGAACAGACCGGGAGAAGCGAUCGUUCACUUCCAGAGGGCUGCGGAGUUACAGGCGCAGACGCCUAUAGAAGCUCUGCUGUCCAUGGGAGAGAUCGCCACGUGUAAAAUCCUCACACGUGACUAUGACGGUGCUUUGUCGGUGUUCACAGAGAUGCAGCUGAUGUGUCAGGAGAGAGGACUGCAGCUGCCAGGCACCACAAGCCCUAUUGGCGCCUUUCUGGACAUUGUAGCAAAAUGUGAGAUAUCUAGAGUUCUGCUGCUGAUGUUACUUGAGCCUCCACCUCAGAAGUUACUACCAGAACAUGCCCAGACCCUGGAGAGGUACGCAUGGGAGUCCUUUGACCCUCACAGCCAAGUGACCUUCCUGCCUGAGAAUAUGUUCCUGCUUCUGCAGUCUGUAGUGAUGGCGUGUCAGGAGAAAGACACAGAGUCCCUCAAGUCCUUGCAGACUGAGCUGUGGCCCUUUCUGACGGCAGAGCAGAAUCACCUGCUCCACCUGGUGGUUCUGGAGCGAAUUGCACCGUCUGGUCAAGGGAUUUAGCACAGCCUGGCUUUUACUCACUUCCUCUGGGAACAAUACUGUGUGUAAUGGAAUAUUCCCGUUUCUGAGCGGUCUGUUGUAAGACCCGAAGAAGGGUUGUUUUCACGGUUUAGGAACUCUGGUAGAGACAUUUUUUUUAUGUUUUAUUCACUCAUUUCAACCUGGACCAAUUCUUAUACAAUGUAAAAGUGAGGUUGUUUGAGGUAAAACACAGCUUCUGUUUGUUUUAAUUGACUUUAUUAGUAAAAGACAUGGCUUAGAUUCCAAUGUAAAUACAAACAAAUUGUCUAAUGCAUAGUUCUGUUAAAUGGUAAAACGUAACACUUCCGCUCUUCAUCCCUGGAUCGUUUUAAGGUUCACUUGUACAAACGUACUUUACAUAAGAUAGCAGCCGACUACAGACGGAAAACAAAACAUAGCUUAAAAAAAUACACUCAACACAAAAUGCUACAAAAAUAUAAUUGGUUACAUUGUACAUAGACGUAGAAGGUAUAUACCAUACUUGUAAAAUAAUGAGAAACGAUUAAAUGUAAUGUGAAGUAAGG